GGCAUAGCUCUGCUGCUUGGAAGAACCUGUCAGCUGGCCACUUACGCGUCGACUCCACAGAACACACAUCGACGGUAGAUUCUUGUUGAGCGUCAGCUGCUAGGAUGAGCGGCGUUCAGCGGGUCGAUGACCCAAGCCUGCCGUCUCCGUGGCAGGCCCUGUUUGACCCAACCAGUCGCCUGAAGUAUUACUGGAACCCUACGACCAAUGUUACUACAUAUGACCGGCCAGGCGGCGCCGCGGCCGCCCCGGCGCCUGCAUCAGGCGGCGACUACUACAGCCGCGACCGUGGCCGGGACGACUACGCGUCCAACGGCAACGGUGCCGCCAAUGGCGCGAACGGCUACGCCGCCACCACAGUCCAGAAGACGGGCAUGACGGGCGCGCCCGUGUCCACCGACGGCUUCAUGUCUUCCGCCGACUACCGCCGGCAACACGACAUCUCCGUGCAGGGAGACCAUGUGCCUGAACCGCUGCAGACGUUUGAGUCGGUUGGGUUCCCUCCGGACAUCCUGGAUGAGAUCCGCCGCGCCGGCUUCAAGUCGCCCACGCCCAUCCAGGCGCAGGCGUGGCCCAUCGCGCUGAGCGGCCGAGACCUGGUCGCCAUCGCCAAGACCGGCUCCGGCAAGACCUGCGGCUUCCUGCUGCCCGGCAUGCUGCACAUCCAGGCCACGCGCAAGGACGCGCGCGUGGGGCCUACGCUGCUGGUGCUGGCGCCCACGCGCGAGCUGGCGGUGCAGAUCAAGACGGAGGCGGACAAGUUCGGCCGCUCCUCAGGCAUCCGCAACACCUGCGUGUACGGCGGCGCGCCCAAGGGCCCGCAGCUGCGCGACCUGCAGUACGGCGUGCAGAUUGUGAUCGCCACGCCCGGCCGCCUGAACGACUUCUUGGAGGCGGGCCAAGUGCGCCUGCAGCAGGUGUCGUACCUGGUUUUGGACGAGGCGGACCGCAUGCUGGACAUGGGCUUCGAGCCGCAGAUCCAGCGCAUCGUGCGCACGCUGCCGCGCCAGCGCCAGACGCUCUUCUUCUCCGCCACCUGGCCGCGCGAGGUCAAGCACAUCGCCUCGCAGUUCGUGGUCAACCAGACCGUGCACGUGUUCAUCGGCGGCGUGGAGGAGAAGCUGGUGGCCAACAAGUCCAUCACGCAGUACGUGAGCGUGGUCAACGGCAUGCAUGAGAAGUUUGCCGAGCUGGCCAAGAUCAUCCGCGCCAAGCCGCCCGGCACGCGCAUCAUCAUCUUCUGCACCACCAAGCGCAUGUGCGACCAGCUGUCCUACCAGAUGGGCCGCGAGUUCCGCUCCGCCGCCAUUCACGGCGACAAGAAGCAGAGCGAGCGCGACUACGUGCUGCAGGCCUUCAAGGACGGCCGCACGCCCAUCCUGGUCGCCACCGACGUGGCGGCGCGCGGCCUGGACAUCCCCAACGUCGCCGCCGUUGUCAACUUCGACUUCCCCACCGGCACGGAGGACUACAUCCACCGCAUCGGCCGCACGGGCCGCGCCGGCGCCACCGGCGAGUCCUACACCUUCAUGUCGCAGGAGGACGCCAAGCACGCGCGCGACCUGAUGCAGGUCAUGCGCGAGGCGGGGCAGACCAUCUCGCCCGAGCUGGAGCAGCUCGCCAUGCGCGGCGGCUUCGGCGGCGGCGGCCGCAACCGCUGGGCCGGCGGCGGCGGCGGUGGCGGACGCGGCGGAUUCGGUGGCGGAUUUGGCGGUGGCGGUGGCUACGGUGGUGGUGGUGGCUUUGGCGGCGGCGGUGGUGGCUUUGGUGGUGGCGGCUACGGUGGCGGCGCGGCAGGCGGGUCAUUUGGCGCUGGUGGGUCGUCGUACGGCGGCGGUGCCGCCCGCGCCCGCAGCCGCUCGCGCAGCCCCGACCGCCGGCGCCGGUCCCGCUCCCGGUCUCGGUCUCGGGACCGGGCCCCUGGCGCUGACCGCGGCCGCGGCAGCCCCAGCUACGGCCGCUACAGCCCCCGCUAAAGCACAGCCGUGGCCGCUGGCUUGCGGGGAUGAAAGGUCGUCCUUUUGCGCUAACACGCAUGGGAUUAAGAACGCAUUCUACAGCAGUUCGUAUUGUUUCGGGUAUUCGUGUAGAGUCUGAGCGGAAUGUUGUCGAGGUGUGUGUUCAACUAGUCGGAGCGUGAAGCAGUAGCGGAGCUGCUAGCCUGAGUCAGUGACAGGCAAGGGGAGAGAUGUUCAAGUGCAUUUGCUUGUAGUGCGAGGCGGCCAAGAGGCCAUGUGAGAGAGCGGCCUUGAUGCUGCAUGCGACUAUUACUGUUAGCGAAGUGCUUGCUGACUGUUACUUGGCAGUGGACUGGGUGGCGCAGGGGCAAGGAGGUGCACGGAACAUUGUACCGUCUCGCAACUACCGGUAUGCGCUUGCGCUCAUUAUACCGGAAAAGCUGGGAAGUGGGUAUCAGCACAGUAGCGGGGCUGAUGACCCUGCCUGCCUGCCACUUGACCUGUCCGAUCGCACAUUAACGGGCACACACACAGUAACAAAACAUCGAC